AUGGCGAAUCAAGUUAUCAUUCAACAAGACGGUGACUUGACUUUAGUCUUACCUCCCGUUUCAGAAACUUCCAACGUUCCUUAUCUCUGCGAAGUAGAAAAGGGAAAGAUGAAUCACAUCGUAGUUUCCUCCAAAGUCAUGAUGGAAGCUUCACCUGCAUUCAAAGCCAUGCUAGACGGAAGAUUCAAGGAAGGAGAGAUCUUGCAAAGGACUGGUAGAUUGGAGAUUUUACUCGACGAUGAGAAUCCAUCGGCUAUGAAUUUGUUAAUCAACAUUAUUUAUGGUCAUUACUUGGAAGACUACAGCUCUAUUCCUUGUGAUAUAGAUCUUCAAACUUUCACCGAGCUAGCAAUCGUAUUCGAUAAAUACCAGAUUUGCUUGAAUGGCACAUUUCAAGCGGUCGCUCAGGAAUGGAGAAAUAGAAUGUUGCCUUCGGAUACGUUAUUUGAUGGAGAUAACUUUCUUGAGGAAAAUGCUACCAUUAUUCUCCCAUGGAUCUCUAUUGCGUGGGUGUUCAAGUUGGAUGUUACUUUCUGCAAUUACACAAAAGUUCUUGUAAAAUAUGGCACUCCUGAGUCUAUCCAAAAAAUGGUAGAAAGGUUUGAAGAAAUGGAUGUAUUCUUACCUAUACCAGAUUCUCUUUACGUUAAAAUCGAAGAAGCACGCCAAUUAGAAAUUGGAAUCUGCUUCGAUAACGUAAUCAAAUUGAUGAUACAACAUGAUGGAUAUGCACCUACACGGUGCCAUUGCGUGGAAGAGGAAAAGGAACAUUGUAUUACAAUUGGUCGAAGAUCACUUUUCCGAAGCGCGCAGAGAAUCGGUCUGUGGCCAUUACCAAAGGCCCCAUAUCAGGGAUAUGAUGUCUACACGAUUAAGAAAACAUGCGAGAAGUUGCAGAUACUUACGUGUCGACAUCCGGUUGAUCGCAUCGUCAGUCUGAUGAUUUGCGUUGAGCCCGUUGGAUUACGAUUGCUCAAUAUGGAAGUUCCGAUUCCUUCAAAACAUGUGAGAUUUGAUGGCACGUUUGGGAUGUUGAUUCCAUGA